UCUAUUUGAAAACGAGUAGCUAAUUUUUUAUUAAACAUUUCAUAUAAAUAUUUGGGAGUUUCGGAAACAAAAACAUUUAGGAACCAGAAAAACACAGGAAGAAGUAGCAGAACAGCAUUUAUACAUAUAUUACUUGCAUACACUUAACAAACCCAUAAGAAGACAAUGCAGAUUCUUAAAUUCCUGAAUCGUACUUCAAACGAAAUUCCUGUCAGCUAUCUUAAAAGAAGCCUUCACUCACUCAAAAAUGUCACCAACUCUUAUCAUGAUGAAGAAAUUCAUAAUUUGGUGCAAGUUGAGGAGAAAAAUAAUUCAAGAACGGUGAUCCUUAAUAGACCCAGUGUUCUUAAUGCUCUUACAACUCCAAUGGGACUUCGGCUGACUGAACUGUACCAAUCUUGGGAAAAUGAUCCCCGUGUUGGCUUUCUUGUGCUGAAGGGAAAUGGCAGAGCAUUUUGUGCUGGUGGUGAUGUUGUUAAACUUUAUCAGCUAAUCAUUCAAGGAAGAUUAGAAGAAUGUAAAGAUUGUUUCAGAACAUUCUACAGCUUCAUGUAUCUCUUGGGAACAUAUUUCAAGCCACAUGUAGCUAUAAUGGAUGGCAUUACAAUGGGAGGAGGUGCUGGGCUUUCAGUUCAUGGUUCACAUAGACUUGCAACUGAAAAAACUGUUUUUGCUAUACCUGAAAUUCAGAUUGGCCUGCAUCCUGAUGCUGGUGCUUCCUACUAUCUUUCUCGUCUUCCUGGUUACUUUGGAGAAUACCUAGGGCUAACAGCUGAUAGAAUUAAUGGAGAAGAAAUGGUUGCUUGUGGAUUAGCAACCCACUUUAUAUCUAGUAAUAGGAUCCCUUUAUUGGAAGAGCAAUUCGGUAAAAUUCCCACAAAUGAAAUUUCAGCCAUGGACAGAUUUCUAGCAACUUAUAGCAACAUUAAAGAUCGAAAUCCAACAAGUGUUCUUCACAGGAUCAACACGGUCAAUAGUUGUUUUGGCCACGCCACAGUUGAGGAAAUUAUUAAUGCACUGGAAACUGAAGCAGCAAGAACAAAAGAUGAAUGGUGCAUUUCAACACUCAAAAGAUUAAGAGAAGCUCCACCUUUGAGCUUGAAAAUUUCUUUGAGAUCUAUAAGAGAAGGUAGAUUUCAGAGUCUUGAGCAAUGCCUUGCCCGCGAAUACUGGAUGACGCUACAAUCAAUUUCUGCACAAGUUUCCAAUAACUUUUGUGAGGGAGUUCGAGUGCGAUUAGUUGAUAAAUCAUUUGCACCUAAGUGGGAUCCUCCUUGUUUGGAACAAGUUUCAGAAGACAUGGUGGGUGCAUAUUUUGAACCUCCUAAUGUAUAUGAGCCUGCCCUAGAGUUGCCUUCUAAGCCAAGAGAAGCCUUUGCCUAAAUUUUGUAUUAUGAAAUGAGUUGUGGGCUUGCAAUAUAUAUUUAUGUUUUUUCUUGUAAAUUUUCUAUUUUUCUGAGUCCGUUGAAGAAUAACUAUCUUUUUUAAAAAUAUGUUUUAUUUUAAAAUAUUGAUCAUUUUUACGCUCCAAUAUACCAAAAUAUUUGUGCAUAAA